AUGACUCCGAACCGGUUUAUGGUGAUGCUCCGCACACACAUGCAAAUCCUAGAGACCAGUGACGAACACAGAAUGGAUAAUGCGGCAGCUGAGUUACAGCGUAGGAGGGAACGGGCGAGGCUCUCCCAGCGUGCAUUUCGCAUUCGUCAAGCUACGACAUUCCGUGAACUUCAGGAGGAGAAUGCGCGACUCAAGGAAAGCAUCAAAGAAGUCGUGAAAGUUUCUCAAAGGAAUGACACCCCGGCUCUUCGCUCCGCGAUUCACAGAGCCGCCGCUGCGGCGGGUGUCUCCUCCGAACUCUACCACUAUGAUAGCGCACCCUCGAAUACCAGCAGUACGACUGCUGAUCUUUCCACUGCACCACCACCAGCUUUUAUGUCGCCCGGGCUGGAGCGGCAAGAAGUACUGCUCAAGAAGCAAGCCGACUCAGCCGCACUGCACUAUCUUGGAUUACAACCCAGCUCAAUGACUUUUCGCCUCAACUGCGGCCUCUUCAGCUUGCCUACCAGCCCCGAACGUAUGAUGGACCCGCCAUUAGACAUUGAGCCUUAUCUGGGACCCAACAAGAAAACUCUCGCGGCUCAGCUCUAUUGGUACUGUACCGAAACAAGUCUUAGCCUCAUCUACCAGCUCGCUGGCCAGCAACCCAGCAGAAUUGCAUCUGUCGCUCAACAUCAUCCUAUACUUGCAGAUAUGUUCAGGAAUGUUUUCCCGUUAUGUAGUCCUUAUUUUCUCCUCGCACUCGCUGAGGCGCGUAUUGAGUUUUAUCGCGUCGGUUAUUGCAAGGCAGAUAAUCUCACGGCAUUGAAGGACUCGGCCCUUCUUUUACGGCAAAGCGUCGAAAAAGAAUGUCAUUUGGCCGGCCAAGAUUUAGGCGAUUGGUUAAACUCUACAAAAGUAGCACAGGUUGUUACAGAAUCGCUACAGAGUCAGGAGCUCAUGCGGCUUGAAGCUGCCAUCCGCGAUGACGGCACAGAUGUACCUGCAAGAAGACUACUGGAGACCUUCAUCCAUAAGUUUUGGCUGAAGGCUACCUGUUUUGGUGAUGGUCCAAGAUGGAACGCUUCAUACGUAAGUCGGCUGGUUGAGUGGCUCGUAAAGGCUUUAUCGCAUAAUAAUCCGCCUUUCUCUGCCUAA